GGACAAAGGAAGGGAUCAUUAAUAUUGAUCGAUUGAUGACUGUCUCGUCUAUCAGGUCAAUAAGUGACCAACAGUCUCCUGUUGUCACGUUUUCAGCUCAACACAUCUGGAGAGAAAAAGUGUGUAAAUGAAAUGCAAUACUUUAGGUCACUGAUAUCUCUGGUACAGAGCAGCUGGUGAUGUAAUAUUAACACCACCGUUACUUUAAUUAAUGAUAAAUGGAGUUAAGGUUUAAACCAGCAAACUACCGGUGACAGGAUGACCUCUGACCUCCUGAUCCUCUGCCACCCAUUAAAGAACACAUUAUGGUUUAGAAACACAGAAGUAAGAAUAUUGUUUCAGUUUAAAGUAAAAUAAGCCAACAAAUACUUAAAGUAUUCCACAUCAGAGUGAGUUUAGGAGAAACUUAAUUCUUUUGGGGCCAAAACUGAAUCAGUUAAAUCAUCAUUAUAUCGUCUAUCCUGCAGUAAAACCCAGGAUAGUUCAGGCUGCAGAUGUUAGUAAUGAAGUUCUUUGGAUUAAACAGAAACUAUAUUUUGUUUCACUUCAUCAGGUCAUAUUUCUUUUCUCGCUCUACAGUCACUUUAGGAUCAUUUAAAAUUCAGUUUCUGUUCCCAGGACGAGCCCUGGUUUGUGCCCCUGGUAUGGCCGUCACUGUAGCGCAUCUAGGUAGCUUUGUCUAUUGGUUGGUGCUACCCUUCUGUUGUCAUGGAAACUAUAACAGUUAGUGUUUAAUGUUACUUUAAUAAAACUCUGAGGGGAUUUAAGUGGCAGCAGUUCUGUGGAAAAAUGGAAAAUGGAGCAACGGGAGGAUCAAGUAGCAGGAAGGAAACAUCAACGACCUAGAAAACAUCUAAAACGUCCAAAAGCUAAAUGUCUUCACUGAGCAGGAAGUUUCUUCCAUCCAACUUCUGUGUAACCAGAGGAGGCGGUCCAGCCACGAGGAGGAGGAAGCAGAACCUCAGUGGACUGGAGGGGAUCAAAUGGAGCCGGAUCCUCCAAGACCACCUGAACGGACACUGAUGGAAGGAGAAAGUGAGAACGCCGAGUCUUCAUGGGAUAAAAGGCCACGGAAAACAUCAGAGCCUCCACCGACUGAAGAAUGGGAGGAAUCAGAAACUGACUGGAUGAACGAGGAAGAAGCAGAAAUUAAACCUUCGCUGUUUAAAGAAUGGCAGGAACCAGAAACUCAAUGGAGUAAAGAGGAAGAGGAGGAUCCACGAAGACCACAGAAUGAAGAACGGGAGGAUCCAGAAACUGCAUGGAUUAAAGAAGAAGUGGAACCACUGAUAGGAGUGAAGGAGGAAACAGAUUCUCCUGUAUUUAGCUGUGAAGGAGAGCGAAGACCUGAGCAGCUUUCUCGUCAUAUUUCUGCUGUAGUUGAGAGCAAAAAUCAGGGAGGAAGAAAUAUUUCCACCGUGUCAGAAACUCAGUGCUUUACUGACAAGUGUGAUAUUUGUGGGAAAUCGUUCAAGAAGAAGUUUAACUUGAAACAGCAUUACAGGAUCCACACUGGUGAGAGGCCUUUCUGUUGUGAAAUAUGUGGGAAAAGUUUCUCUCAAUUUAGUAAUUUAAAAGUUCACAAGAAAAUUCACACCGGUGAGAGGCCUUUCUGUUGUGAAACAUGUGGGAGACGUUUCUUAAGAAUCGAUCAUUUAAAUAUUCACAAGAAAAUUCAUACAGAUGAAAGACCUUUUUCUUGUGACUUAUGCAGGAAAUCUUUCACUCGUAUCGAUAAUUUAAACAACCAUAAGAAAAUUCAUACAGGUCAGAGGCCUUGUCAAACAUAUGGAGAAGAUUUCUCUCUCUACAACAAAGUGAAUGCAGGUGAAAGUCCUUUUUCUUGUGAAAUAUGUGGGAAAAUUUUCUCUCGAAUUUCUAGUUUAAAGGUUCACAAGAAAACUCAUACAGGUGAAAGGCCUUUUUCAUGUGACACAUGUGGGAAAGGUUUUAUACAUAGUUCAUAUUUAAAUGUUCACAGGAGAACCCACACAGCUCAUUGAUACGGCUACACAGAUUUCAGUCUGUCUUGGUAAAUUAUUUUGAAAAUACGGAUGUUGUGCUUGUGCAUUUUCCUGUUGUGAGAUUUUAGUUUAGCAGUAACAAGACAUGAAGUUACUUUUAAAAUGAAUCAUACAUAUGAUAUAGAUGCAGGUUAGAUUAAAAUGAUUGACUUUUCUUACCUGAUUAUUUCUGUUACUAGAUUAAGCUGUACUGACCCUUACUAAUAAAUAUCAAGCAUAAAGAAAAGUCUAAAA